GGAUUGGCUGCGGGGCGGAGAUGGACGCGUUCGAUCUCUCGUCGCUCAGUCCUUGUCUUUCUCUGCGCCGAUAGACACCGGUGGUUCCAGACGCUGUAGCGUGAGCUGGAAGGAGGGUGGAAGUAGACGCCGCAGCCAUGAACAUCCGGAAUGCACGGCCGGAGGAUCUGAUGAACAUGCAGCACUGCAACCUCCUUUGCUUGCCAGAGAACUACCAGAUGAAAUACUACUUCUAUCAUGGACUCUCCUGGCCACAGCUCUCCUAUAUUGCCGAGGAUGAGAAUGGCAAGAUUGUAGGAUAUGUGCUAGCUAAAAUGGAAGAAGAUCCUGAUGAUGUUCCCCACGGACACAUCACAUCCUUGGCGGUCAAGCGGUCCCACCGACGGCUGGGCUUGGCUCAAAAGCUGAUGGACCAGGCCUCACGUGCCAUGAUUGAGAACUUCAAUGCCAAAUAUGUCUCACUCCACGUGCGCAAGAGUAACCGAGCGGCCCUACAUCUUUAUUCCAAUACUCUCAAUUUCCAGAUCAGCGAAGUGGAGCCCAAAUACUACGCAGAUGGGGAAGAUGCAUAUGCUAUGAAACGCGACUUGACACAGAUGGCAGACGAGCUGCGGAGGCAGGUGGAACUGAAAGAAAGGAACAAGCACUCUGUGCUGGGCUCCAUUGAGAACAAGGGUGCUGAGCACAAGGCCAACCACAUGGGCGAGUGCUGCCGGGAUGACAAGUGUCCAGGAGCGGUGGUAGGCGGUGGGCCUGGGGCCGAAGACAGUGGGGACAGCAAGGACGUCAGUGAAGUCAGCGAGGCCACAGAGAGCACGGAUGUCAAAGACAGCUCAGAGGCUUCUGACUCAGCCUCGUAGCCUCUUCCUUGCUGCCCUGGCCCUUGCUCCAACUGAAGGACUAGUGGUCCUCCAGAGGACCAUGGCCCUACAAGUGGAUUGGAAAUAAAGCUUAUGGAACCAGUG